AUGAUACCAAUAAAAAGUGAAAGUAGUGUCUUGACCAAUUUAAUACGGAAAUUUUAUUAUGGAAAUCUUGAUAUUAGCUUAGAGGAUAAGGACAUCAAUGAAUUGACAUGGGAUAGGCAAGAAGAAUUCCUAAAUGAGACUAUCAAUAAUAAUGUGACAAAAAAAUAUCCAAUUAAAAUCGAUUUUAUAAAGCUUUUCUUUAAAAAGUUAAUAGGAUAUUUAGAAUCGAAACAAGAUGUGCACGACGAUUUCUAUAGGUAUUUAUGUAAGAUUAUGAACAGUGAAAAUGAGACGUUUUAUUACCGUCAUUACAUCAUUGGUGAUAAUUAUAUGAAUAGAAUAAUAAUUAGAGAAACCAAUAAUUUAGUCCUCAAUGGUACUACGGGAAUGCGAACUUGGGAGGCUGCAUUGAUGCUUGUUGAUUGGGCACUAAGUAAUGAAGACUUGUUUAGAAAUAAACAUAUUUUAGAAUUGGGAUCAGGAGUUGGGUUCACAGGAGUUGCUAUUGCAAAAUUUUGCCAGCCGGAGACUGUUAUAAUGAGUGACUGUCACGAUGAGGUUUUGAAUGUAGCAGAAGAAAAUAUUAGUAUCAAUUUUCCGGGGUUACAACGUCAAGUCACUUCUUAUGCAAAGAUGUUCAAAAAUACAAAUGUAAAUAUAGGGGUCAUGAAUUUAGAUUGGACCGACGUUUCCAUUUUGCCUCACGAAAUAUGCCCAGAAAUUAUUGUCGGCGCUGAUAUAAUAUACGAUCCUACGAUAUUAGAAUCACUCAGUAAAGUAUUCGAGAAGUUUUUCAAUAAAAAUAGGAAUUUGGUAAUUUAUAUAGCCGGAAUCAUUCGAAAUGAAGAAACAUUUAAACAGUUUUUAAACACAAUUGAGGCUGUUAAUUUCAAGAUAGAAUAUAUUGAACAUGUUAAAAAUGUGUAUAUAGAUUGGAAUAGAAAUAUAAAAAAAUAUUUAUUGAAAAUAAAACUUUAA